ACCACCGUGUGCUGUGAAAUUCGGAAGGAGAAGGCAGUGCAGUGAAUUCUCUUGGGACCGCGAAUCUGCGAAAAAAUUCUACCUGGAAGGAUGUUGCCCUCGGCGGCGGUGUUGCUGGCCGCAGCGGUCGCCUGCACCGCGGCCACGCCCAGGAAGUGGGCGCUCCCCGCCGACCCCGCGCUGCUGGCCGCCUCGGCCGACGACCCCAGCUACCGCCUGCCCUCGGACCUGCUACCGCUGCACUACGACCUGAGGCUGCGCCCCAACCUCGCGGGCGACUUCCAGUUCCACGGCUCCGUGGCGGUCGCCCUGCGCGUCCUGGCGGCCACCCCCAAUGUGACCUUGCACGCGGAGGACCUCGAGGUGGAGGGGGACUCGGUGUCGGUGACGACCUCCGGCGCGGAGGGGCAGGGGGAGGAGGUCGAGGUCACGACCCGGUCGCGGGACGAGGACAGGAGCUUCUACACGGUGACCUUGGACAGCCCGUUGAAGGUCGGCGGGGAGUACACGCUGAGGAUGAACUACACCGGCCACCACCGCGACUCCAUGCGGGGGUUCUACCGCAGCUCGUACCUGGACCAGGACAACAACACCGCGUGGCUGGCGACCACCCACUUCGAGCCGACGGCCGCCAGGAGGGCGUUCCCCUGCUUCGACGAGCCGGCGCUGAAGGCCACGUUCCGUGUCAGCAUCGCCGCCCCGCCGGGCCUGCGCGCCAUCUCCAACACUCCCGUGGCCAGAUUACAGCCCGAAAAGGAGUCCGGCCGCACGUGGUACCACUUCGAGCAGACCCCCAUGCCCAUGUCCACGUACCUGGUGGCCUUCGUGGUGUCGGCCUUCGAUAACACGACCUCCGCGGACGGCUUCGCCUCCGUGUGGCUGCAGCCGGGCCUCGAGUCUCAGGGAAGGUUCUCCGCGGAGUUUGGCCCCGAGGUGAUCCGGGCCAUGGAGAACUUCACGCAGGUCCCGUACUUCCUGCCCAAGAUGGACGAGGUGUCCGUGCCGGACUUCUCGGCCGGAGCCAUGGAGAACUACGGCAUAGUGACUUUCAGGGAAAGGUUGCUUCUCUUCGAAGAAGGCGAGUCCAGCACGUCGGACAAACAGCAGACAGCGACGGUCGUGGCUCACGAGUUCGGCCACCAGUGGUUCGGCGACCUGGUGGGACCCCGGUGGUGGACCUACAUCUGGCUCAACGAGGGCUUCGCCACCUACUUCCAGUACUUCGGCGCCGCCAUGGUGGAGCCCGACUGGCGCCUGGACGAGCAGUUCGUGGUGGAAGAAGUGCACAGCUCGCUGGCGGCGGACUCGUACGAGUCGCACCCCAUGACCUUCCCGAGCCUCGGCUCGCCCUCGCAGAUCAGCGCGGCCUUCGACACCAUCUCGUACGGCAAGGCUGGUUCCGUGAUCCGUAUGAUUGAACAUGUAAUGACCCACGAGACGUUUCGUAAUGGCCUCACUAACUAUUUAAUAGCCAAUGCCAACAGCACGGCGCGAGACCAGGACUUGUUCGACUCGCUGGUUGAAGAGUACGACAAGGACUUCACCAACUCCAGCGUGGAUCUCCAGGACUUCCUGGAUUCCUGGGCCCGCCAGGCGGGGUUCCCGGUCCUGACCGUGACGAGGAACUACUCCGACGGAACGGUCAAAGUGUCACAGGAGAGGUUCAGGAGGGGUGCCCAAGUCACGUCGAAUCAAACCUGGUGGGUGCCCCUCACGUACGCCACCAAGAGCCACCCGGACUUCAACAGCACCUCCGCCGUCGACUGGCUCACGAGGAACGACUCCGAGAAAGUGCUGGAGGGGCUGACCGUGGCCGAUGGCGACUGGGUCAUCUUCAACGUCCACCAAACAGGUUUCUACCGCGUGAGCUACGACGAGGCCAACUGGCGGCUGCUGGCGCGGCAGCUCGACAGCGACCAGUUCAAGGUCAUCCCGGCCGUGAACCGCGCCCAGAUCCUCAACGACGCCUUCACGCUGGCCGAGGAGGGCCGGCUGGACUACGGGCUGGUGGUGGGGCUGCUCCGGUACCUGCCCCGGGAGACGGACUACAUCCCGUGGGCAGCGGCGAUGAAGGGCUUGACCACCCUCAACGACAAGGUCAAGAUGUCACCAGACUACAGCGUGUUCCAGGAGUUUGCCCUAGGUCUCAUUAAGCCAUCUUACGAUAAACUCGGAUUCAACGUGAAGUCUACAGAUGACCACACGACAAAAUUACUCAGGAGUCUGAUAUUGCAGAAGGCUUGCUACCUAGGCCACCCUUCGUGCUUGGAAACAGCUGUUUCAAAGUUCAGUGCCUUCUUGAACGAUCCGGAGAAAAACAAGGUGGAGCCGGACGUGCGCCGGACGGUGUACUGCUACGGCCUCCAGGCGGGCAGCUACGACGACUACGCCGCGCUGUGGAGGCGCUACCUGACCACCAAGGUAGCCACGGAGAAGGUGUUGCUACUGGACGUGCUGGGCUGCACGGGCGACGAGAAGGCGUCCCACGAGUACAUAAUGAAAUCCCUGAACAAUCAUACCGGUAUCAGGGACCAGGAUGCUAGUUACGUAACGACUUCGAUAUUCAGCUCUUCCAAGGGCAUAGAGUACUACAUCACUUUCCUUGAAAAGUACUUCGAUGAAAUCACCAGUUUAGAGAAUGACACGAAGACUGCCCUCGAAAUGGUGGAGAUGGUUUCAAAUUACAUAUGGACGCAGGAGCAAUACAACAAGCUGGAAAAAGUGCUGGAGGACCACAAGGAGGAGAUGAACCUCACGGGCGACGUGAACAGGUACCUGGUCCUGGCCAGGUCCAACUUCGCCUCGGCCAGGAUCCUGGGCGAGCAGCUGAAGAGGGCAGUGAAGCAGACGUACCGCCUCCCCACGUCGCUGUCGCCGCUGUCGUACCGCGUCAAGGUCAGGCCGCAUCUCUCCGAGGGCAACUUCACCUUCGACGGCGAGGUGGAGGUGAGGGUGCGCGCCGACGAGGCGACGGACCGCGUGGUGCUUCACGCCAGCGACCUGGAGCUGGAGGAGUCCUCGGCCGUCGUGCGCGCGGCGGGCAACUCCAGCUGGACUAUCGCGGUGCGGGAGCAGUGGAGCGACGGGGCCCGUCAGAUCCACACCCUAGUGCUGGACGGGACCCUCGAGGCGGGACGGGAGUACGACGUGAGGCUCGCCUACCUCGGCCACCUGCGCGACGACAUGAACGGCUUCUACCGCAGCUACUACCUCGCCAACGGGACCAAGAGAUGGCUGGCGAGCACCCAGUUCGAGUCGACGGGCGCUCGAAGGGCGUUCCCUUGCUUCGACGAACCCGCGAUGAAGGCCCGGAUCACCCUGUCCAUAGAGCGUCCUUCCAACUACACAGCAGUCAGCAACAUGGAGCUGGUUAACACAACUGCAGUAGAGGACGAGGAAGACCUCUACCGGGACACGUUCGCGCAGACGCCGCCCAUGUCCACGUACUUGCUGGCCUUCAUCGUGUCGGACUUCGAGAGGAGCUCGGACCCCGGGCACAACGUGAGCGUCCUGCACCGUCCAGGAGCCCAGGAGCAGGUCCUCUACGCCCUCAACGUCAGCAGGCCGCUGCUGGAGUUCAUGGAGGAGUUCACGGGCAUACCCUUCCCGCUGCCCAAGAUGGACGAGGCGGCCAUACCGGACUUCUCGGCCGGGGCCAUGGAGAACUGGGGGCUGGUGACAUACCGGGACCGCGAUAUCCUGUUCGACGAGCAGGCGUCGACGACGGCUGACCGGCAGAACGUGGCGACGACCAUCGCGCACGAGUUCUCCCACCAGUGGUUCGGCGACCUGGUCAGCCCGGCGUGGUGGACCUACACGUGGCUGAACGAGGGGUUCGCCUCCUACUUCGAGCUGUUCGCGGCGGCCGGGGUGCAGCGCUCCUGGCGGCUGGAGGAGCAGUUCGCGACGCUCAAGCUGCAGCCGUCGCUGGCCUCCGACGCGUACGUCGCCACGCGCGCCAUCACGUCCGAGGUGUACACGCCCGACGAGAUCGAGUCCGUCUUCGACUACGUCUCGUACGGCAAAGCCGGAUCUGUUAUAAGAAUGAUGAGCCACUUCUUGACAGAGGAAGUGUUCCAGAAAGGACUAUCACUCUACCUAAAUGAAAGGAGCUACAAGGACGGGCGGCCCGACUACUUGUUCUCGGCGCUGCAGCGCGCGGCGCACGAGGCGGGACUAGCGCUCAACGUGUCCUCCGUCAUGGACACGUGGACCCUGCAGGAGGGACACCCGCUGCUCACCGUCAAGAGGGACCGCGCAGACGGCUCCGUCACUGUCGAGCAGAAACGGUUCCUGAUGGUCAAGGACAACAACACAUCGCGCUCUGAAGAAAAACUCUGGUGGAUCCCACUAACGUACACAAAGAAGUACUCAAGUAACUUCUACAACACAAGUAACACCAUAUGGUUCAACGGUCCGACGAUGAAAAUAAAUGACUCAGUUAAAAGUGAUGAGUGGAUAAUCUUCAACUUGCAGCAAACAGGCUUCUACCGGGUGAACUACGACGAAGUGAACUGGCAGCUGCUGGCGGCGCAGCUGGACAGCGACCAGCUGCAGGCGGUGCACGCGGUGAACCGCGCCCAGCUGGUGGACGACUCGCUGAACCUGGCAAGGGCCGGAGAGCUGGACUAUGGCUCGGCGCUCACGCUCGCCAGCUACCUGCGCCGCGAGGAGGACUACAUCCCCUGGAGCUCCGCCUUCACCGCGCUCGGCUACCUGGACGCGCGGCUGGCGGGCAUGUCCCAGCACCACUACGACCUCUUCAAGGACUUCGUUCUGUACCUGCUGAGCAACCUGUACUCCAAACUCGGAUUCGAGCCCAGAGCAGAGGACGAUCACGUGACGAAGAUGCUGCGCGCUGAGGUGGUCUCUUGGGCCUGCAAGUUAGAGAUGCCAGAGUGCGUGAUGCAGGCCAGAGAUAUGUUCAGCAAGAAGAUGGCAAACCCCGCGUCCGUUGUCGUCCCGGCCGACGUGGCUUCGGCGGUGUUCUGCACGGGCGUGCGUCACGGCGGCCCGGAGGACUGGAGGCUGCUGAAGGCGCUCCACGACGACUCCGCGGCGGCCAGCGAGCAGGGCGCCAUGCUGUCCGCGCUGGGCUGCUCCGCCAACCAGUCCCUCAUCGCCGAGUACCUGAUGCUCUCAAUAACCGAGGACUCGGGAAUACGGAAGCAAGACGCAGCGAGUGUGUUCUCAGCGGUGUACGCUAACCACCAGGGCGUAGACACCGCUUUCAAAUUCCUCACCGAUAACUUCCAACAAAUAUCCGAAUACUAUGGCAGCAUGGGGUCCAUCGGAAAAAUUUUGACUGGCAUAGCGAACAAGUUAUCCACGCAGACACAACUGGACAAGCUGAAGGAGUUCGUGGCGAGCAAGAAGUCGCAGCUGGGCCGGGCUCUGACGGCGUCCCAGCAGGCGGUGGAGACCUCCGAGGGCAACGUGCGGUGGCUCCAGCAGCGAGGACCCGCCGUCGAGGGCUGGCUGAAGCGCUGGAAGAGCCAGCACUCGGGCGGCGGGUCGGGGGCGGCUACCACCCCCUCCGCCUCCUCCUCCGCCUCCACCGCCGCCGCCUCCCUGCUCCUCCUGGCGGCGGCGAGCGCGCGGCUGCUGCUCUAGGGCCUCCAGUGCUUCACCAGGGUCCACAGGACAAGAACUGCACUGCAACUGCGCGCAACACGUUGCUAUGGCUACUUUCGCACGUGCGAAAUACGUGUUUUUUUUAGAUAUCACUUAGUAUUUUUUUUUUUAAAAAUUGGAGCAUAAUUUUAUAUUUUAUUUUUUGUUUCAUUCAUGCAUAAUUUUUUUUAAAAACCGAGGAAAAUAUAAUCUAACAUUAAACAAAUUGGACUUUAUUUUGUUGUGUCAUAAACUGUUAAUAGGUACUGGAAAGCUAUUCAGGGACCAGUUUGUAAAUAUCGCAAAUAUCUUUUAACUAUUGGACGUACUGGAACAAUAAAUAAAUCCCCUGCUAUGAACCUGAACCCAGUACUACUGCGGACACUAUUUUGUAGCGAUUCGGUUGUUUUCAGGUAAAUGCACAAAUUUUAAAGUUAUCUGUUAUUUUACAUGAAUAUUUACAAAAAAAAAUUGCAGUGUACAAAUAUUACAUUUUUUUUUAAAAGUGAAAAUGAUAAAACACUCUUAGAAGUCAGGGAAAAGUUAGGGUAUUCUGUUCGUGGGUUUUGCUGGACUCAUUGCUUUUAGGAUUCAUAAUAUUACAUUUCUGGAGAUUUUUUUUUCGCAUAGCGACUUAUAAUUUCAUGUUUGUAAGAAAAAAUUGAAUGUAAUAAAUUAUUUAUUCACACUGCA